CUGAUGAAGGCACGCUCACUCAGCCUGGAGUUAUUUGGUUUGUUUGCUCCACGUUGAAGCUGGGAUUCGACCCAACAUCUUUCUCAGUUGGUUCUUCCUUCUGUUCGGAGGGCAACGAGAAGGUUUAUUGUUCAUUUUUCCUCUACAAUGACGUUCAGGAGGCUCAAGAAGGUGAACUCCAGCGGUCCGGAGGCUGGACCCGCCGGACCCGCAUCUCAGGACAACGACAUUUAUUUCCCUUCGUCAAAGUCGGACAGCUGCAGGUUGGAGGUACCGGCGAACUCCUCGGAGGUUUAUAACUACAAAACAUUGGCUUAUUCUGGCGGGACUCUGCCCAGAAACUUCAAAAAGGGUGGAGGCCCGCAGAAGUGGAAACCCCUAACGCAGUCACCAGAACCACAGAGGAAGGUGGUGGUCCUGGAGAAAAAAGAGGAGGAAGCAUUUGGUUUUGAAAUUCAGACUUACGGUCUCCAUCAUCAGGACCAAAACUCAGUGGAGAUGUGCACGUUUGUGUGCAAGGUGCACGACGACAGCCCGGCCCACAGAGCAGGACUUAAACUUGGGGACACCAUCACGAGUGUGAACGAGACCACCGUAGAGGGAUUUCGACACAAGGACAUUGUCCAGCUCAUCAAGGCCUGCGGCAACUCACUCAGGCUGGAAACGGUUUACAGCGACUCCAUCCGCAAAGCUGAGCUGGAGGCCCGGCUGCAGUAUCUGAAGCAAACUCUUUAUGAGAAAUGGGAUGAAUAUCGUUCGUUGAUGGUGCAGGAGCAGAGGCUCGUCCAUGGCAUAGUAAUGAGCGACGCUGCCGUGUACGAGUCCCUGGAGUCGGCCGGUAUUUACGGCAGCCUCGGCACUCCCAGCCCGGCAACUCAGAGAGCGGUCCGCUGCACCGGCAGCACCAGCAGCAGCGCCAGCUUCCUYAGCACGGCCACGGACGACGACCCCCUCUACCAGACCUGCCUGUACCAGACGGAUGGGAACGAGGACCGUGAAAACGGGAAAGAGCAGCAGAAGCAGCAGCGCCUGCGACCAACCAGUGAGCUCCUCACUGUGACCAAGACGCAGCUGACCCGCAGCGCCAGCACCCGCAGCUACGUGAGGGGCUCGACCUCAUCCUCCGGAUCAGGAGAGAAGCAGGGAGGAUUCGGCUCGCUGCAAAGGAAACCUAAACAGAAGAGCUUCCGCAGGCGCCUUCUGAAAUUCAUCCCUGGCUUGAAUCGACCGCUGGAAGAGGAAGAGAGCAAACUGUGAGCAGCAAACAGAGCUGUUCGUUUCAACCUGCAAAACAAAACAGAACUAAAGACUGGAAAAAAAAGAAAAACAAUGACUGUCAAAAGUCAAGUGCCAAAGAAAGCAGCAAGCAGAGCCAAAGAGUUGGAGACCAAAGUGAAUCAGCUGCAGAGACCAAUGAACAUUCAGUGUUUCACAGAUGUACAUAUGUUUUUCUUUGUCCUUAUUUUAAGUUAUUUAUUUAUUUUUACAUGUUCUGUUCAUCUACAAAAUGAACAUUUUGGUUUUCUCUGCAUGCACGUUUCUCCAGACCAUGACUAUAACUGUGCAACAAAAAGUUUUGUAAGAUAUGAGCUUGUUGUCGACACAAGAUGACUCACUAAAGGUUCCUACACGUAAAACAAAAAGGUGGCAUUUCCAGAUUACACACUCCCUUUUUUUUGUAAUAAAUCAUGAGGUUUCUUUUGAAAAGGCAACUAGACUUUUUGUGUUGGAGAUAUUUUGUUUCUCAUUUGAGAGGCUUUCUCAGUUCAGAAGUUCAGACUGGAACGGUUGCAAAGCUUUAAAUUGUAAAAAAAUAUCUUCUGAAGGAAUAUUUUUGUGAAAGUAAACAGCUAAAUUAAAACUGGUUCUCUGGCCUUGA